CUAACCACGACGAAGAGAUGGAUGGAUCUUAUUGAUCCUUUCUUCUUGCCGGCCAAGAGUUCUCGAUCACUAAUCGUCUUGAAACCGUCGCGUCAACUGCUUGUUCGGCCUAAAUCGUUAGAACUUUUUGUAGUUUCCGAAAAGUUUUUAUUUUACUCUUUUUUUUUGUUAAUAGUGUUACAAUAGUGCUGUUGUUUUGUUUUCAUAAUACAACAAGUUGCUGUCGAAUUACGUGUUUGUGAGACCAGUCUCCUAGUUUUGAGAUCAUUCAAUAAAACCGCACGGACGAAAAAUGAUCCUUAGACUGUCACUGAUGUUUUGCUUUUUGGCGUACAGCAUGACGGAAGAAGUGGACGUCGUCGAAGCCGUUUCCGGGACAUCGCAAUCAAUUGACGAUCUGCUGCAACAGUCAGACCAACAGCAACUGCAGCUGCAGCACGGGCCACUGCAGUCGCCGGCGCAGAAGCGCGAUGAUGCGAUGGAGGCACACAACCCCGACCAGCUGGCCAUGGAGACCGGUGACGACGUGGACGAUCAGGACGCGUCCGGCUCCAUAGCCAAACACAACUACCUGAAACCGCAGUCGGCACCGAUUCGCGGCCACCCACCACUGAAUCGCGGGCCGCCACCCCCUCAGCAGCAGUCUCAACCACCACCAUCUCAACAACAGUCCGGCAAGUAUCACCAUCACGUGGGUUACCAUGGACCACCGCCGCCUCCACCAUCCAUACAGCAACAGCAACAGCAACAGCAACAGCAAUUAGUUGCCCAACAGUCCGAGGCCAUGGACAAGGUGUACUCGGCCGGUCCGGUAGGCAACGCGCUCGGCGAUCCGUGGCCGAGCAGCGCGUCCGCUGACAUGCCCAAGAUCGUGUCAUUGGACGUCAAGUGCGAGAAAAACUCCAUGAAGGUGUUUCUGAGCUUCGACAAACCGUUCUACGGGAUAGUGUUCAGCAAGGGCCAUUACAGCAACGGCAACUGCGUACACUUGCCGGCAGGCCUAGGCCGGACGUCCGUAAACUUUGAGAUUGGCGUGCACGCGUGUGGAACUUCCGGUAACACCGAGAACGGUCUAUAUGGGUAUGGGGCCGACUCCGGAUCCGGCACUUACUUCGAGAACAUCGUCGUCAUUCAGUACGACCCACAGGUGCAGGAGGUCUGGGAUCAAGCCAGGAAGCUCCGGUGCACGUGGCACGACCAGUACGAGAAGUCCGUCACCUUCAGGCCGUUCCCGGUCGACAUGCUGGACGUGGUCAGAGCUGACUUCGCCGGUGACAACGUCGGAUGUUGGAUGCAGAUACAAGUCGGCAAGGGACCGUGGGCUUCCGAAGUCUCUGGGCUGGUGAAGAUUGGACAGACCAUGACCAUGGUGCUGGCCAUCAAGGACGACGACUCCAAGUUCGACAUGCUCGUGCGUAAUUGCAUGGCUCACGAUGGAAAACGGGCACCCAUCCAGCUGGUGGACCAGAAGGGUUGCGUGACCCGCGGCAAACUCAUGUCCCGAUUCACAAAGAUCAAGAACUUCGGCGCAAGCGCGUCCGUGCUUUCAUAUGCGCACUUCCAGGCAUUCAAGUUCCCGGACUCGAUGGAAGUUCACUUCCAGUGUACCAUACAGAUAUGUCGGUACCAGUGCCCGGACCAGUGUUCGGACUCCAACGCCAUACUCAGCGCACAGCAUGGUAACUUGCUAUCUGCCCACCAUCCGGCGGUGCAGGGUCCCGCUGAGUACGGUCCGCCACCCGCGCCCCUGGACGUAUAUGCACGCAUCGGUUCGGCCCAUCCCAGAGAUGAGAGACGCGUCCGCCCAAGACUUCACCGUCGGUCGGCCGCCACCAGCACUACCUCCAGCACCAGCACUGCUUCAUCCGAUGAACAGGAAGACGUGGGCGUCAACCGUGUCAUUAAGGUGGUGUCCACAGGUGACCUAACGUUCGCGCUCGAUGACUCGACAAACGGCUCGGCCACCAACACCAUGGUUUUCCCCACCAGGACCGUUGAACCAGGUUCGUCAAUGAUCUGCAUGACCACGGUCGGUUUCUCCGCCACAUUGGUUGUCCUGCUCGGCAUCGUGCUGGUUUCAUGUCUUGUGUCCGCGUACCUGUGUCUGCGCAUCAGGUCCAUGCCACAGCGCCGGAAAAACGCGCAGGUGGCGUGCACCAAUCCCAAACUUCAACCGCAGACGGCGCACAAGUCGGCUGUUAUGCAUCAGGCAUAUACGUCGUGAUCGUCGACGACGUUUCCGGCUUACUCCCGCAGUCAAGUGGGUGGCCGGCGGGCGAAAAUCGAAUCGCAAAUAAAAAAACCAAAAUCACAAAAAAAAGCCACGACCGUCGCACAAACGAAACGCCAUAAUUAUAAUUAUAUAGGUAAUACUUAGUAGACGUAGAUAUAUAGUAAGCCAAAGCUACCCCCAAAUAACAUUAGGUAGGUAUAUAUAAACUUUUUUUGUCGGACAAAACGGACGGUAACAACUUGUUAAUAACGGUUAAACAUCCCCCAGAAAAAACAUCUUUCGUGAACCGCUCCGCGCCUCAAUCCCUUCAUCGUUUUAUGACGAUCGUCGUCUCUCGUUUCGAUUUUUCCUGCUUCCUGUCUGACGCUAUUCAUCGGCGUUAUUGUGGUCGUAUCACAUCGUAGGAUUUAAUAUACUUACCGUAAUAUCGUAUAAUAUAAUAUAUAAUAAUCGGUAGGUACCUACGCGCAUUAGUUUUUUUUUCGUUAUCCUUUCCAUUCCAUUCUUCGUCCAAUAUCGUAAUUCACACCCGGGGGAACGUAUCGACUUACGAGUCACCACGUCAUGUCGUCGUUCGUUUUCGCUGUCUCGUUCCAUCAUCAUAGUACUAUUACGACUUAUCAUUCACGCUGACCCGUCGACGCUAUAACAC